CUCAGUCAUGUACCUGUGCUCUUGUACCCUGUACACAGGCAGUAAAUAGGCACUUUGCCUACUGGUAGCAGCCUGAGGUGCUGGCUACUCCCCUUGCUGGCUGCGUGACAGUCCCACUAGUAUAAAAAGGCCCCUUGGGGCAGACUGUGCUGGGUGUAGCUGAUAGAGCAGCAGAGAGGGCUUGUGCUGGGGACUGCAACCACAAAACCUGUUGGGUUGUAGCCACCAAGGGUCUAAGCCACACAAAAUGCGUGAAAUUGUGCAUCUUCAGAUUGGCCAGUGUGGAAACCAAAUUGGAUCUAAGUUCUGGGAGGUGAUAAGUGAUGAACAUGGGAUUGACAUCGCUGGAAACUACUAUGGGGGUGCAUCACUGCAGCUUGAGCGAAUUAACGUCUACUUCAAUGAGGCUUACUCCCAUAAAUAUGUGCCCCGUUCUAUCUUGGUGGACCUGGAACCUGGUACGAUGGACAGUGUACGGUCCAGCAAAAUAGGCCCACUCUUUCGACCUGACAAUUUUAUUCAUGGUAAUUCAGGUGCUGGGAACAACUGGGCUAAGGGCCACUACACAGAAGGCGCUGAACUGAUUGAAAAUGUCAUGGAUGUGGUCAGGAAUGAGUGUGAGAGCUGUGAUUGCCUUCAGGGAUUCCAGCUCAUCCAUUCACUUGGUGGUGGCACAGGCUCAGGUAUGGGCACGCUCCUCAUCAACAAAAUCAGAGAAGAAUAUCCUGACAGGAUUAUGAACACUUUCAGCGUUGUUCCUUCACCCAAAGUAUCCGACACAGUCGUAGAGCCAUAUAAUGCCAUCCUCUCCAUCCACCAACUAAUCGAGAAUACAGAUGAAACCUUUUGCAUUGACAAUGAAGCUCUAUAUGAUAUAUGUUUUAGAACUUUAAAGCUCACCAAUCCCACCUACGGUGACCUCAACCACUUAGUGUCCCUAACAAUGAGUGGUGUCACAACUUCACUCCGUUUUCCCGGUCAGCUGAAUGCAGAUCUGAGGAAGCUGGCUGUUAACAUGGUGCCCUUUCCUCGACUGCAUUUCUUUAUGCCAGGCUUUGCUCCACUGACAGCUCGAGGCAGCCAACAGUACCGAGCCCUCUCAGUGCCAGAGCUUACGCAACAAAUGUUUGAUGCACGUAACAUGAUGGCAGCCUGCGACCCUCGUCGUGGACGUUACUUGACAGUGGCAUGCAUCUUCAGAGGCCGAAUGUCUACCAAGGAAGUGGAUGAGCAGUUGUUGGCUGUCCAGACCAAGAAUAGUUCCUACUUUGUGGAGUGGAUCCCUAAUAAUGUCAAAGUGGCUGUGUGUGACAUACCACCACGAGGCCUGAAGAUGGCGGCUACCUUUAUUGGCAAUAACACAGCCAUUCAGGAGCUCUUCAUCAGGGUUUCAGAACAGUUCUCGGCUAUGUUCAGAAGAAAAGCAUUUCUCCAUUGGUACACAGGUGAAGGCAUGGAUGAGAUGGAGUUUUCAGAAGCAGAAGGUAAUACCAAUGACCUUGUGUCCGAGUACCAACAGUACCAGGAUGCCACUGCAGAUGUUGAGGAAUAUGAAGAGGUAGAAGCAGAAGCCAGCCCCGAAAAGGAAGCACAGUAAAAACAAUGGCAGUAUCAAAACAGUCUCCAAAUAAGCCUGUUGACACUCACUAAAAAAAAAAAGGAGUAACUAUCACCUGCAGCCCAAAAAUAACACCUUUCUGAAGAAUUCUCUGCAUCUGGCCAAAAUAUAUCCAAUAUUACAAUACAGUGCUUUUGAAAUUAAGGGCAGCUGUGCUUCAAUCUCCUGUGAGAGUGUCCUGUUGACACUGACUUGCUCUCAAAAAAGAUCCACUGCUAAGACAAGUUGUCUCCUAACAGCCUUUCUAGUGAAUGUAUUCACCUUUUGAAGAUUAUUGCCUGAUACUGAAUGUAAUAUACAGCCUCUGUGCCUGUGUAUAAAUAUAUACCAGGAUCAUAAGCAACAGCAAAAUAUGCUACCAACUCAUCAAAUGUAUUUAUUCUUAGGUAAACAGUCCCUGUUUUGUUUGUGACCUUGCUACUGUUUCAGGACCAUGCACACACCUGUAUGGCCUGCAAAGGCAGCAUUGCCUCUUUUGUUACACACACUCCACAGACUGAUGUAGCUCUGCAGAAAAGUGCAGUUCCUUAAGUUGCAGGAGAAGAGAGGAAACAACACAGGGCAAAAAACUGAUUAUGCAUAGUCUCACUUUUUUAAAAGUACUUUAAUAGUUCUAUCACAUUGCUGGCUUGCUUAUAUUAUUGCAGAGCUUGUAUCCAUUAUCCUUGUGUGGUUUGUUUCUAUUUCAAACUAUAGAUUUAUUAAUUAUUAGCAUACAGUGUUAAGGACACUGUGUAAAUGUCUUGGUCUGGUUUGGUUUUUUUCUCAUGUAUUAACUAAACUACUGUGAAUUUUCUUCCUAUCAUCAGUACUACAAAGUGGAAAGAAUGGUUUGCAGCUAGUUAGGUCUAAGUUCAACAGCAAUCACUGAAUCAAAUGCAUAUCUUAACUUCAGAGAAAAAGUUUCUUGCCAUUCACAGCCAUUUACUUUACAAUGUAUUUAUAAUAUUCUUUAAAAUAAAAAUUAUAUAUUAUUCCAUAAAA